AUGGGAUGCGGACGCGCGCUGGGAUGCUGCCUGUUUGCGGCGCUGUCCUGUUGCCUCUUCCCCGGCUGCAGGAGCAACAUAACCGUGGCCGUGAUGCUGCCGGACAACCACCACAAGUACCCGUGGGCUCUGCCGCGCGUCUUCCCGGCGAUCCUCAUGGCGCACGAGGAUCUCCACAGCAAACACAAACUGCUCAUCGGACGCACCAUCAACAUCUUAAACUACAGCACGGAGGACCCCACGGCGGGGUCGUGCGCCGAGAGCCGGGCACAGGUGGUCGCCGUGGACGCAAAGCUUUACAACCACCCGGACGUGUUCUUCGGACCCGGGUGCGUGUACCCGCUGGCCUCCGUGGGGCGAUUCGCCACCCACUGGAAGCUGCCCCUGAUAACCGCAGGAGGACCCGCGUACGGCUUCUACCAGCGGGAGUACAGGACCAUAGUGCGCAGCGGGCCCUCCACCACCAAGCUGGGGGACUUCGCCAACGUCCUGCACACGCACUUCAACUGGACGUCCCGGGCCGCGGUCAUCUUCUACGACCUGCGCCAGGACGACCGGCCGCACUACUUUCUCUCCGAGGGGAUUUUCUUCAACCUGAAGGAGCAGAUGAACGUCACGGUGGAGGCCAUGCCCUACACGCACGACCAGGACUACUCGGAAGUUAUUACCUUCAUGAAGGACAACGGGAGAAUCGUAUACAUCUGUGGGCCCCUGGAGACUUUCAUGAUCAUCAUGAAGCAGUUUCAGAGGGAGAUUCAGGACCCGGAGAACUACGCCAUCUUCUAUUUGGAUGUGUUUGCGGAGAGUCUGACUGAUCGUAAACCAUGGAAGAACCCCAAAUUUGAGUGGGCCAAUCCACUUGAUGUUUUUAAGUCUGUUUUCGUCAUAACGUACCGCCCUCCAGAUAAUCCAGAAUACAAGGAAUUUCAGACAAAACUCCAUGCCAGAGCCCAAAAAGAUUUUGGCAUUCAACUGGAACCGUCACUGAUAGACUACAUUGCCGGUUGCUUUUAUGAUGGCUUUGUACUUUAUGCCAUGGCAUUGGAGGAGACUCUGGCAGAGGGUGGGGCUCAAAACGAUGGCAUUAACAUCACAAUGAGGACGCAGAACCGUCGUUUCUGGGGAGUGACAGGGCUUUUUUCGACAGAUGAAAAAAAUGCCAGAAACAUAGAUGUCAACCUAUGGGCGAUGACCAACCAGGAGACGGGAGAGUAUGGUCUCGUUGCGCACUACAACGGAACCACCAAAGACAUAAUUUGGUCCCAGACAGAAAAGAUCCAAUGGGCCAAUGGUUUCCCACCGCUGGAUAACCCUCCUUGUGUCUUCUCAACUGAUGACCCCUCCUGCAACGAUGGUCAUUUGCCUGUUCUGGGUAUUGUCGCUGUGGGUUCUGGCUUAGCGCUCAUCAUCUUCGGAAUCUCCAGCUUCCUCAUUUACAGCUCUCAUUUCCUUGGUCGACACCAGUGGGGCUUUGCUGAGCAAGAGAGGAAAUUGAAGCUGGAGAAAGAGCUGGCUGGAAUGCUGUGGAGAAUUCGGUGGGAGGACCUUCAGUUCGAAAGCCCCAAUAAAUACCACAAACGAGCUGGCAGUCGCCUAACACUAUCACAGAGAGGCUCCAGCUAUGGCUCCUUGAUAACUGCCCAUGGAAAAUAUCAGCUAUUUGCAAAAACUGGCUAUUUUAAGGGUAACCUUGUGGCCAUCAAGCAUGUCAACAAGAAGAGGAUUGAGCUGACCAGACAGGUUUUAAUGGAGCUCAAGCAUAUGAGAGACGUCCAGUUUAACCAUCUGACCAGGUUCAUCGGGGCCUGCAUCGACCCUCCCAACAUCUGCAUCGUAACAGAGUACUGUCCCAGAGGUAGCCUACAGGACAUUUUGGAGAAUGAGAGCAUCAAUCUGGACUGGAUGUUCCGCUAUUCACUGAUCAAUGACAUAGUGAAGGGAAUGAACUAUCUUCACAACAGCUACUUUGGCUGCCACGGAAAUCUGAAGUCAUCUAAUUGCGUGGUGGACAGUCGAUUUGUUUUGAAGAUUACAGAUUAUGGCUUGGCCAGCUUUCGCACAUCCUGCGAAAAUGACGACACGCACGCACUUUAUGCAAAGAAGCUUUGGACAGCUCCUGAGUUGCUCAUAUAUGACCGCCAUCCUCCACAAGGGACUCAGAAGGGUGAUGUGUACAGUUUUGGCAUCAUACUGCAGGAAAUAGCUCUGAGGAAUGGACCUUUCUAUGUGGAAGGCAUGGACCUCAGCCCUAAAGAGAUCGUGCAGAAGGUGAGGAACGGUCAGAAGCCGUACUUUCGGCCAACUACCGAUAAUACUUACCACUCGGAGGAGCUUACCAUCCUGAUGGAGGGCUGUUGGGCCGAAGACCCUGCAGAGAGGCCUGAUUUCGGCCACAUCAAGAUCUACAUGGCCAAACUAAACAAGGAGGGCAGCACCAGCAUUCUUAACAACCUGCUGUCCAGGAUGGAGCAGUAUGCCAACAAUCUUGAGAACUUGGUAGAGGAGCGAACACAAGCCUACCUGGAGGAGAAACGGAAAGCCGAAAAUCUACUUUAUCAAAUUUUACCACAUUCAGUAGCAGAGCAGCUAAAGAGGGGUGAGACUGUGCAGGCGGAGGCCUUCGACAGCGUCACAAUCUAUUUCAGCGACAUCGUUGGCUUCACAUCCAUGUCUGCAGAGAGCACGCCGUUACAGGUUGUCACGUUACUUAAUGAUCUGUACACAUGCUUUGAUGCCAUAAUCGAUAACUUCGAUGUCUACAAGGUGGAGACCAUUGGCGACGCCUACAUGGUGGUUUCUGGAUUGCCCGUGCGGAACGGUAAACUCCAUGCCAGAGAGAUCGCUGGGAUGUCUCUGGCUUUGUUAGAGCAGGUCAAAACAUUCAAAAUUCGACACAGACCAAAUGACCAGCUGAGACUCCGGAUAGGCAUACACACAGGUCCAGUGUGUGCUGGUGUGGUCGGGUUGAAAAUGCCCAGGUACUGUUUGUUUGGAGAUACUGUCAACACAGCAUCCCGGAUGGAGUCUAAUGGAGAGGCCUUAAGAAUCCACUUGUCCUCAGCCACCAAAGAGGUACUAGAUGAGUUUGGUUACUUUGACCUCCAGUUGCGUGGAGAUGUAGAAAUGAAGGGCAAAGGCAAAAUGAGAACGUAUUGGCUUCUCGGGGAGAAGACUGAUGUGUACGUUAUCUGA